GCGGGAUUUGUAGCAGCAGCGUUUCCGAAAAUACACAGCCCUUUCCUCUUCUCUCCAGUGUCGUGCUAUUAAUCGGAGUAGUCGCCAAUUAUUUCUCUAGAUUUCACUACUGUAUCAUUUUUAUUGCAGGUAUUUAAUUCCGACAUUCAUUUUUUUUGCAAUUUAGCAGUAACAUACAGCUAUCUUCUGCUGGAGAAUAUUUACGUAGCUUUUUCGACACAACCACAGGGUGUCUGUUUUGCUGUGAUGUCCAGUACAGCUGUGUAAAGUAAUGAAAUAUCAAAGCAGUCCAUGGGUUUGUUGGGACUUCAUCAUGACACUGUGAUUGAGUCUCUUAACAAAGACGCACAUGGCAACUGCCAAAAAAGCUUCCUCUAAGGUGGGAGGCAUUCGCUUUGCUGAAGCCAAUGCUGAUUCUGCUGCUCACUCCCACGUGCACUUUGAUGAGAAGCUACAUGAUUCUGUUGUCAUGGUGAUUCCUGAGUCUGAUGGGAACUUCUUGGUUAAGGUGGGCUUCUUGAAGACUCAACACAGGUAUGAAAUUGUCUUCACACUUCCAGAACUCCCAGGACUUGGGAAAGAUAUGUGUCCAGCUCCUGUGCCCAACCCAUACCUUCAGAUAAAAGAUCUUACUUCUGCUCCUUGUGGAGGUUUAAAAGUGACUUGUGAAUAUGUGGCUCACAAGGAGGGGGUGCUGUGUGAGGAGAUGCUAAUAGUCAGUGAAACCAAAGAGGAUGUGUGUCUGAAGGUGAAAGUUCAUGCCCGUGUUAUGGAUCGACAUCAUGGGACACCGAUGUUGUUAGAAGGGGUACGGUGUGUUGGAGCUGAGCUUGAGUAUGACUCAGAACAAAGUGAUUGGCAAGGAUUCGACUAAGUGGUGAACUAUUCUUUUCAGAUAUUCAUACUGAUAGUGUAUUUGUUUGAAUAAACAAACACACACACACACACACAUUGUAUUCAUGGUAUUGUACAAACGUUUUGGGCAUUCUAAAGUUUGUCAUUAAAGAAAGCAUCAUCUUAUAUUACUGAACACUUUUCAGACAAAAACCUGCAGCUGCAAGCAUGCAAAAAAGUCAUAGUCUCCAGAAGAACUGCAGUAGGUUCUCCAAGAUUCUCAGUAAAACUUGCCAGCCCCUUUUCCUGUACACAAAGCAUACAGUACACAAAGUGUUUUAUGUAGAAAUGUUUUAUUGCUUCUUUACCUUAGAGCAGCACUUUGGAUGUCCCUUGUACUUUUGCACUUUGUGUGUUUGUGUGUGUGUGUGUGUGUUUUCAUUUGUCCAUUCAUAAUUUUUUUUCUUUCUUUCAGGGGAUGGGGCAAGGUAAUUGUAUUUUUGUAUGUAUUUUUUCCCACUAUAACUUAUGACAGUUGGUACAGACUACAAACAAGUUACUCUUUACAUUAUAGAAAACCAGUACAUAAAUUGAGAACUGGUUGAUCUCACAAAAACGGUAAACAUAUACUGUAUUCGCCUUUUCUUAGGCAUUGAUGAACAUUGUCAUUUUACUGUUGUAGAAAUAUAAGCCAUGGAUUGUCAUAUUUCCUCAUGUCUCACAUGGUACACAUCAAGGGCUUAUUCAUUACAUAAAAUGUAUUAUUCUUUUCUUAUAUAAAGUUAAUGGUUUAUAUAAAUUUAAAUAAACCUCAGUGCCUGAGUCAUGUUUUAUUUUAUUUUGAAUUUUCCAUAAGGCCCAGUAACUGUAUUGUCUCAAAUUAAUGCAGAAUGUCAGAGGCCUUACUUAUGCAUAGUAAUGUGACAUUUUCUUGUUAGUAUCUCUACUUUAAUGGUUGUUAGAGGUUCUUGAUUGUGAAUGCAUGUAAUUUGUGCAACAUGAUUUUUCAAAGAUUGUAUGUGACGUUGAGUGUUUGUAUGUUAAAGAAAUUUGAAUGUAAAAUCAUCUGGUUUGAUAUAAAUACAACACAAGUUCAUUGAAA